GUAAUAGUGCUGCCGAAAGUCGGAAACGAAAAGUCGGAAAAAAGAAAUUUCCAGGCAAAUUUCGUAAAAAAUACAAUUUUUAAAACAAAGUUUAUGACCCAAGAUUGUUACAGAAAUAAGGUCUAAAUUGUAUGAGACAAACCAGAAAAGUCCACUAUGAUGGAUGUGACAGUAAAAACUCUAGAUGGACAGAACAGAAGUUUUAGUGUUCCUGAAAAUAUUACAGUUCGACAGUUUAAAGAGAAAAUUUCAAACUCUAUAAACAUACCUGCGGAUACCCAAAGAUUGAUAUUUCAAGGUCGAGUUCUUCAUGAUGACAAACCAUUGAAAGAUUAUGAUGUUCAUGGGAAGGUUGUACAUGUUGUUUUACGUCCGCCGCCAGGUACGGGAAGACCAGCGGGGAGUGACAAUCCCCAGCCAAGCACGAUACCCACCGGGCGCGAUGUGAACAGUGUGGUGGUAGGCUCCUUCAGUCUUCCCUCAGAUAUCAUAGACACAAAUAUGGUACAGAAUAUUGCCCAAGAUGCUAUACGAAGUAUGGGAGACAUGGGCAGAAAUGCAAGAGUUUCGACAAGAACAUCAGCAGAUGGCUCAGCAGUAGAUGUACACAUACAUCUUGGCCCUGUACAAACUGGUGCUGCAGUCAGUGAGGCCCAGAUGAGGCUCAACACAGCACGCCAGAUGAUGAGGCUUGCUACAGAGGCACUUAAUCAACUAGAGAAUCCUGAAGGAGCAGAUAACUCUGCAUCAAACUCACAGGCCCCCGACACGGAACCAGCUACAGCAACAGAAAGUGUACCAGUCCAGGAAACUGUCAGAGAUACAGUCACAUCAACAACAGAGAACCAGUCUGCCCAAUCACCAAUGGAAGUUUCUGAAACUGAUGAACCUGGUGACAGUCAGACUGGAGCAACAGCAUCUACAAGUAAUGCGGGGUCUACACAAGCUACAGCAGAAAGCAGCACUUCAACCAAUCAGAGCUCAGAAACAUCUCCUUCUGACCAAUCAAAUGGCACACAACAACAGAAUGGCAGUCAGCAACCCCGUGGCCCAGUGAGACCCAAUAUUAAUGCAUUAGGGGAGGUUCUAGUUGAAGUCAAUGAAUUGAACAGAAGAUUACAGCCUCAUAUAGAAAGGUUUACCAGAAUUGUUCAGGAGGACGGAGAAAUGAAUCAAAAUGAACAACGAGAAAAUCAGCGUGUUUGUAACAUGGUUUCUGAAGCAAUGCACGCUGUCAGCCAUUCGUAUCACGCUAUCAGUGACCUGAUGGUAGACCUCGGUCAGAACAGACCCCGACAGUUAUACGUAACUCUCGCCAUCGCACAACCUCACACGGCUGUCAUACAACAGACAAUACCUGUUCAGGUACAUCUUGCAUUUACUUUAACAUGCAUUCAUUAUAUAGCUUUGAAAUUAUUUAUUACCAUGGCAGCACUUAUGUGGGUUCCAAGCUCAUUCAGCUGGACAUCUUCAACAAAAGUACGGAACACACAGUCCCCAGCCAAGCACAGUAUCACUGUACUCGAUCAUGCAGCGAGAUCAGCCACUACGAACUCAUUGGUGCCCAGCAUGAUGCGGUUAGUAUUAGAUGCAGAGGCUUACACAUACAAUGUCACAGCUUCAAAUGUUCUUGAGUUUGUUGCAGCUGAUUCAGGGACAACAGCCAGUACCCCGGCCCAGCAAGCUGGUCAGCCAGCAGGGACAGCUGGUGGCACACAACAACCCCAGGGGGAUCAAGGCCAGGGAAUCCUGCCCCCUAACUUCAUCCAGAACCUAGUUCAACAGAUUGUAGGCCAGACAGGUCAAGGCCAGCCACAGAGAAUGCAGAUCAAUAUAGGUCAAGGUCCUCCACCUAUGAUGGGACUGCCAAGACCAGGUAUGCCUAUGGGUAUUAGACUAGGACCUCGUAUAGUCAGACCACCUGGUACCAUAAGGAGCGAGCUUGGCACCCAGACAUCAGGUGGAAACGGAAUUCCAGCUAACAGUGGCACGCAGACUUCAGCUACCCCAACUAGUGUCUCUGGAACUCAAACCACAACUAACGCAUCUCCAAGCAGUACUUCAGGGACACAGACACCUGGUGCCCCGCGUGCAGCUGCGUUUGUUGUGCCAGGUAUGCCAGGUCUAGCGCAGAACAUCAGUCCAGUGGACCAGUACCUGCCCUGUUCAUCAAGGCAUUUCCUCACACAACAUGCUAGAGGUAUAAUCAACCAGACAGGAGGGCCUCAGAACACUGAUACAGCCCUAGCUGAUAUGGUGAGCAACUUGAUGUCUGGUCUUCUAGGAGGUACACCACAGUCAGGGGCUCAAGUCUCAGCAGCGGCCACUGCUACAUCUGCAACAGGUUCAUCUGCAUCGUCUACAACAACAACAAAUAGUGAUCCGAGACCUGCAGGUAUCCGUAUUGGUGCUCCAGGUACCACAUUCCAGCUUGGCGGUAUGCCCGGUAUGCCAGCUGGCAUCGGUGGAAUAUUCCGUGGACAGAUGCCGUUCAUGCAAGGUAUGAGGUUUAGGGUUGGUACCCCAAGACAGAAUGUGCCAGGUGCUAGACCUACAGCACCACCUGCGCAACCAGCCACAUCAGCCGCCAACACAACUAGUACCCCCAGUCAGGGGUCGGCAUCGACAGCAACUCGGACACAAGGCAGCACCGGAGGAUCUGAACCAGAGUUUGUACAGGUGCUGAGGACAAUGUUACAGGCUGCUGAUCAGCAUGAAGGUCAGCAGCAAGGGAACCAGUCUAGCAAUGCAUCUGGUCCCCAGCAAUCUGCUAAUCAAGCUGUUAACCAGUCUAUGGAGUCCAGCGGUGGUCAGCAAGCCAUCAGUGAUGAAGCAUUCACACAAUUGGUUAGUGGUAUAACAGGCUAUAUGUCACAAGCUGCAAUGGGACAGGCUCCAAGACAAACUAUUGCAGAAUUCCUGACUGGCCUUGGGCAGAACUAUGGCAUGCCACAAGGGGAAGGUUUCAUCAAUGAUAUAAUGUCCUGCGUAUUGUCUCAUCUGCAAAUCACAGACUUGAUAUCCGUGUUCUAUGGUUCCCCAGCUCCUUUAAACCAGGUACAGCUGCCCCUUAGAGGGUUUAUCUCAUCCAGGGUCCUCAGCGAUCUUGAACCAUUGCCGCAGAAUAUACGUAUGGCCGUGGAAGAUCUGGUUGACUCCAUGCAAACUGAUAUACAAGAAACAGUGAAUUCUACACAACCUCGGCCACACAUAGAUUUCUUGGCUACAUUGAACCAUUUCUUCAACCAGCAGUUCUACAAUGUUGUUUCUCUUGUGAUGCAUUCCAGAGAUGGAGAUGUACAUUUUGGUCAAGAUCUGUAUUCCUGUGUGCGGAGACUGUUAUCAGAGUUGUUUGUGUUGAGCAGUAGAUGUUUGGGAGGAAUGCAGAGUGUGGAACGUAUGGUUGCCGAGAGACUGCAAUUAUUAACAACAGGAGUGAACCCGUUCAUUCGGGAUUGGAUGGCAGCAAUGACAAAUCGUCAGGUUGGUCAGUUUAUUCCCACAAUAAAUGUGACUGAAGGUGAAAUAUCUCACUAUAUAGUGUAUAAAGAGGUUGGCCAGCCAUCUUCAGGGGCAGCCUCUAAACAGACACCCCAGGCAACUCGUGCAGCUAAAACAUCAACACCUAAAGCUGCUUCAUCGGGAUCGGGGGCGAAAAGAGAUCCAUCGCCUUCAAGGGCCCCUUCACCAAAAAGGGCCAGUGUGCCAUCUCAAGAGGAGAAAAAAAAGACAGAGGAUCAGCCAAUGGAGACGUGUUCACCUGUUUCUACAACAUCACCUGGAGCGUCAGAGAUUGAGGUAGAUAACCACAAACCCUCCACUACAAGUGAGGUAAAAGGAGCUGCUUCUGCUGAUAGUACAACUAAACCAACAGUACACGCUGAGAACCAGCCUUCACCAUCUGGGGCACAGUCUGUAAAUGGAGACUGGCAGUCAGUAUUACCUCCGGAAUGGGUACCAGUCAUUACAAGAGAUAUAGAAAAACAGAAGAGUCAGUCUCUUCAGCGACCACACAGUGAUGUGUAUCUUCAAGGAAUGCCACCAAAAAGAAGACGGUUAAUGACACAGGACAGACCUGGAGAUUUAUCAAACACAGCUGAAGCACUUCCAGAGUCCAUACGUCGAGCGGUCGCAGCAGCAGCUGUUGAACCAGUCAGUAGCCUGGAAAAUCUUUCCUCGGAAGUGACCAAUGACACUGAAUUGCAACAAGCUUUCGAAUCUAAUAUAAGUAGUAGUUUGUCACAGAGACUUAAUACUGACAAAGAUUUCAAACCAGAAAGAUUUCCUAAUACAGAGGAGUAUUUUCAUAAAGGUUCGGAUACAAAGAAAUGAUGAAGUGUUCAGAAAAUAAACAGAGAUUUGAAGAAAUUGAACAAUGGCGAAUUUUUGUGAGAACUUUCAUAGCAUGAAAUAUGAAAGCUCAGUCAGUUUGUGAAAUUCUGUUUUUAAAUUACCUAACCUGCGCAAUUCAGGUGUUUUUAUUAAGUUAUGAAAAUAAGCUAACAUGCAGUUGUGCGAAAAGCAUACCAUUUUCAUGUACUGUACAAUUUUGGCUGUAAAAUUUUUGUCUGUGUUCUCAUCAAAUGAAAUAGGAAAACUCAGGCCAAGUAUGAAGUUCCUUUAACUAUGUUAUGUGUGCAAUCAAAGAGAUUUCGUCAGUUGUUGUACUUCGUUUCAGUGUAUUUAAGUAAUUAUUAAGUGGUUGAUGGCAUGGUGCUUUUUCAGAGAUUAAAACUCCUUGCCUAGAAGGAUGUAAGUUGCGAGUCCAAGUACAUUUCCUAUGAUCAUUGAAUAAAAUGAAGCACCCGAGUUCUGGCCAUAAGUUUGUGAAGCAGUUAUAAAUGUAGUAAACAUGUGUUUUUAGAACUUUUCCUACAAUCAGUUUGUGAGCUCUGUUAAGGUAGUGAACCAAUAGCAAUGAUUGUUUGUUUACGUAUUUUUCCAUAGAGGAUUUCAUCAGUCUGUAGUUGUUAUGAAAAACAAGUUUCUGUGAUGGUGAAAAAAUGCCAAACUUGCAUACAGAGAUUGCGUCAUUGCAUAGACAUUGCUGAUUGUCAUAAGGAGUCCGCUACCUUAACCCUUACCCUGCUCAAUUUCUAUAAUGAACUUGUCCAUCUUGCAAUUUGGACAGUACUAUUUACUAUUAAAAGUGAUGCAUACCUAAUCUGGCUGAGUAGUGAUCAGUGCAGAUCAUGAACAAACUACAUGGAUGUGCACGCUGAUCAUGAUCUACAUUGGUCGCAAAGGCAGAAUCAGUCGUGCCCAGUAUGCUAUUGGGGUUAAUUCAGAUAAAACUAAAAAAGUGAAAAUACUGUAUAUAUCUGGAAUCCACUGGCUACACUUGAGGUUAUAAUGUUUUAUUUUUAAAUGCAUUUUUUUAAUGAACUUUUUAAAAAAUGCAUUAAGAAAUAUGUUGUAUAAUUUUCCCCAUUUUACCUCGGAUUCAUCCAUUUCCUGUCCAUGCAUACAAUUAUGGUACAUAUGCAUUUCAGUUCAGUAUAUUUCAACAGCAGUCAUCUGUGUUAAGCAGUUGCGAAUAUUUUCAUGAAGUCUGUAAAUGGUUACAUAUUGUACAGGUUAAUAAUCCGGAAAUCAUGUUAAAUAUCUGCAAUUAAGAGAAUGACUACGGAUUUCAGUAUUGCCCUAUCGGGUUAAAGUGUCAGCUUUAAAGACUUUACGUGCAAUAACAGGUAACAGAGGAUAUUUGGGCUAUAAGGAUUAACCCUUACCCUGCUAAGUUUCUAAGAUGGACUGGUCCAUCAUUCAAUUUGGGCAGUACCACGUAUUAUUCAAAGGAGUGUCUCUGAAAAUUUACUGACUGAACAGCAAAAAUGUGCAGGCUGAUAUUUGUCUGCGAUGGUCGCAAAGGCAAAGUCACUUGCCACCGUCGGGCUUUAGAUUAACUAGAGGACUGUCUAUUAUUAUUCAGGUCCAUUUCACAGAUAUUAUAUUGAUGAGUAAAUAAAACCUUGUUUGCAUUCUGGUUGUUUGUACAUAGGUUACACCCAUUUCCAUUUUACUUUCUCUUCCAUUUACACAUUCAGAAAGUUUUCCAGAUUACAGAGUACAGCAUUCAGGCCUGUUAAUUCAGUCUAAUAUUAUGUCUGACAUCCAGUAUUCCAGGUCAGAUCAAUUCGAUCAUCUGUGUUUUCCUGGAUGACUUUUUUGAAAACAUUUGUUUGUUGUUUUGCAAAUUUAUGUAGAUCAGAUAAAGUUGUCAGUCCCUUGAAGAAAGAUAAUUUUCAGGAAUCUAGCAAUGAAUGAUGCUAAAUAGUGAAAGUAUAGAUAAAUAAAAAAAAUAAAAAGAAUUUGAUCAAGUACACAUGUAAAGAUAAUGCCUGACAACUCUACUCCAAUAUUGCUGUUACAUAAGUGAGUUACUUCCCUUUUAUUUAUGGAAAAUGUAGAUUUAAGAAUGUAGAAUAUUCUAAUGCCGUCAUUUUGUUUCUAGUAAAAUUUUGCUUUUCUGUCUAGCCUAAGAAGGCACAUUUCUGGGUGGUUUCUUCAUAUUCUGGAUUACUGUAAUGAAUUCAUGCCCAGUACUCUGCCAUAUAUAUAUAGUUCCAAACAUGAUUUUAGUGUCACUGAUUUGACAGUUAUAUAGAUGUAUGAGGUACACUGAAAACAAAACUUAUAUAUGUAAGUCUUUAUUUAAUGUGAUCUGGAUGUUCUCUGUGAUUUAAAAUAUAGAUGAAAUCUGUCAGUUCAAACAAUUUUAUGAAUAUCAUUACAUUGGAACCAAAAUUUAUAAUAAAAUAGUAUGUCACUUAAUAAA